GACCUAAGGUGCGACACAGAAAAACGACAGAGCGACCUAAAUUGCACCACCUGCAGCAGACACGCACACCAAGACGUGCCACUUUUUCUUACACCGGAUGCCGGUGCAAGGUGAGCCAGUUGGCCAACGCAACAUACGAUAAAAGUGUGCAAAACACUGCGCCAGUCAGAAACGGGUGUGGUCAGGGAGUCUGGAGUGUGAAAGAGGGCAAAGGCCAGAACAAAAACCCAGCAAAAUGUGCAGCGGCACCAAUGGAACCGGCGGCGAAGGGCCGAGCUCGCCGGAAGUCCUGUCGGAAGAUCCGAGCGAUUACGGAAACAACGUGAAAAUCCUGGCCUACAACGACCAGAUCAAGGAGCUGCAGACGAUCAUACGCGACAAAAACACCACGCGCAGUGACUUCAAAUUCUACGCCGACCGGCUAAUACGGCUGGUCAUCGAGGAGAGCCUCAACCAGUUGCCAUACUCCGACUGCUCGGUCAUCACACCGACGGGAGCGAUUUACGAUGGGUUGCGGUACCGGUCCGGCAACUGUGGCGUAUCGAUAAUACGGUCCGGUGAGGCGAUGGAACAAGGUCUGCGCGACUGUUGCCGGUCGAUACGGAUCGGUAAGAUUCUGGUCGAAUCGGACGCGGAAACACACGUGGCAAAGGUAGUGUAUGCGCGCUUCCCGGACGAUAUCGCGCACCGGCAAGUAUUGCUCAUGUACCCGAUUAUGGCCACCGGCAACACGGUCAUACAGGCUGUGAACGUGCUGAAGGAUCAUGGUGUAAAGGAAGCCUCGAUCAUUCUGUCGAACCUGUUCUGUACUCCCGUGGCUGCCCGCAUGGUUGUGACCGCGUUUCCCGAUUUGAAGAUACUUACCUCCGAGCUGAACCCGGUCGCACCGAACCACUUUGGGCAGCGGUACUUCGGAACGGACUAAGCUCAGGGUGUGACCAACUCCUCGCGGGUCGAUGACCGCUUCUGUCCUCAGUCAAGGCAAAGUUACUUGUUUAAGUGUGCAUUAGGCAAUAGCUAGAAGUAAGCCACGUAAA